UGACUUUGGCAUGGUCGUUCUUCUAAUGUGGACCAUGCAGAACCAGCCCAACCCUCCUAUAAAUAAAUACUGACCAAACCUUCAGAAGAACAGAACACAGAGCCUGGAGACAACAAGGGAACAUUGCAAAAUGAAGAUUUACAGUGGCUUCAUUCUAGAACACACCUUCAUGUUUCUAUUGUUCUUGGUUUUCCCAAGCAAGACUUCAUCAUCACAUCAGUUCUCAGUAUGUGGUCCCGAGGUAGCAGCUCUCAAGCGGAGCAUCAAGAAACUGGAAAACAAACUCCUCAUCGGAGCUUGGCAGGUGGAAUACUUGCAGAGGCACAAACACUUCCGUCCAAUAACCCCUGGCCGGAUUAUGUCAACUUCCACUCCAUACGCUGAUACCAACAACAGCAGCAGCAGCAACGACAGCAGCAGUGUUGGAACGCUGGGCGGCGCCAACGUGACAACACUUCCACCAGCAGGAAGCUUGAUCGUCCAUGACAGAGACUGUUCUGAGUUGUUUGACAGAAUGAAACCACCAAGUGGUUUUUACCGCAUCAGACCCAAAUCGCACCAGGAGCCCUUUUUGGUCUACUGUGACAUGGACGAUGGAGGAGGAUGGACAGUUUUCCAGAGACGGCGACAUGGAAAAGUUGACUUUGACAGGGACUGGGUGGACUACAGAGACGGAUUUGGAGACUUCAAACUGUGGAACGACGAGUUCUGGUUGGGAAACGAGCACAUGUAUUCUCUGCUCUCGGAAGGUAAGAACCUGCUGAAGAUCGACCUAAUGGACUGGGAAGGAAAGAGAAGUCAUGCUUUUUAUGACAACUUCCACAUCACCAAUGAGGCUGAUCGAUAUCGCCUCCAGUACAGGAUGUACAGCGGCCGAGCUGGGGAUGCCCUGGCCGGUGGUGGGGGCAUGGUGGAGCAGUGGUCCGCCUGCCUCAGUGGCAUGCAGUUCAGCACCAGGGAUCAGGACAAUGAUCGCUACAUUCAGGGCAGCUGUGCCCAGGAGAAUAAUGCUGGUUGGUGGUACAACAGAUGCCAUGUCGCCAACCUGAACGGGAAGUUCUACCGCAGAGGAAAGUAUAAGGGUCAGUUUGACAAUGGUGUGGUGUGGGGCACCUGGAGGGGCCUUUGGUAUUCGCUCCGACACACCACCAUGAAGGUGCGCCCUCUGCUUUUCUUGGACGCCAUGGGCAGUGGUGGCGGGGAUGUUUAAAUGCGCAAAGCAUCGCAUGUGUCACUGACUUUGAAGACAGACUACUGUUUCAUUAUUCCCUGACAAUGUCUCUCUUCUUUUUUUGCAAAUAAUCACUCAAUACCAAAAUGCAUGUAAUGUAACUCAGA